ACACUACUUUAUCCAAUGAUAUAGAUUUUUUAUUUAAUUCACUAUCAUUUAAUCCAAGUAUUUUAAUUGCUUUUGAAGAUUUGUCCAACAAACCAAUUCCCCAAUUACUGCCAGCACGUUCAAAAUCACAACCUCAUUACACCAUAUCUAAAAAAUUUCUACGUCGACAUUUUUCAUUAACCACUGUGGACAUAAAAUCUUUACCGCCGCCUACACGUCCUCCAAAUAAUGAGUCAAUAGCGGAAAUUCAAUCACAGCCACCACCAUCAUCGAUAUCAAAAUCAACACCCAAAGAAACAAAUAAUGAUUCAUUAAUUGAUUCAAAAGAAAAAUUUGCAACUAAUUACACUGAUGAAGAUAAUAUUGAUCCAUAUUACGCAAAAGAGUUGUCAGCUUCAUUGAAUAAUAAUAAAAUAGAGAAAAUAGUAGAAAAUGAAGAAAAUGAAGUUGAAAAGGUUUCUAGUUCAGAAACUCCUUAUGAUGAUAAUCAAAAAGAUGAUAUUAUAGAGGAAGAUAUUACUAAAUUGCCAGCGUCUGAAUUAACCUUUGUGGUUGUUGAGGAAACAAAUGGUGAUGGUGAAAUAAUAUUAAAUCUUCAGGAUGUAAAUGAGAUAAAUAGUAACAAUAAUGAUGACAAUGAGGAUAAAUCCCACGACUCAACUGUACCAGAUUAUGAAGAAUAUUAA